GUGCGCGUUGGUGUUCUUGCUGACAUGUCCGGACGCGGCAAGCAGGGCGGCAAGGCGCGCGCCAAGGCCAAGACGCGCUCCUCGCGGGCCGGGCUGCAGUUCCCCGUGGGCCGCGUGCACCGCCUGCUGCGCAAGGGCAACUACGCGGAGCGCGUGGGCGCCGGCGCGCCGGUGUACCUGGCCGCGGUGCUGGAGUACCUGACGGCCGAGAUCCUGGAGCUGGCGGGCAACGCGGCGCGCGACAACAAGAAGACGCGCAUCAUCCCGCGCCACCUGCAGCUGGCCAUCCGCAACGACGAGGAGCUCAACAAGCUGCUGGGCAAGGUGACCAUCGCGCAGGGCGGCGUCCUGCCCAACAUCCAGGCCGUGCUGCUGCCCAAGAAGGCCGAGAGCCACCACAAGGCCAAGGGCAAAUAGAAACCUUCACUUUCGUAGUUCAAAGCUUUGCAUACAAACAAAAGGCUCUUUUCAGAGCCACCUACGGUAUCCUUGAAGAGCUGAGCAAAUGCAGAUUUUACUUUAGUUGCUUAGGAAAUGAGAGAUGGU